AUGCGAUGUAGAAGGCAGCAAUGUGUUAGUUCGGGUGUUGAGAACCAUCCCCAAAAAAUCUGGGUAAAUUUUUCCGCGUACCUUUGGGAAGUUCAUGCAAAGGUGCGGUUAGGUUCAGAGGACCAAAAGAAGUGCCCCAAGGGCCAGCAGCGGCCAUCCUUAAUGGAUUAUAAGGUGGUAUUACAAAAUGAUUUGCAAGUGGAACAACUGAAACUUGCAAAUUUGAUGCCUCACUUGGUACGGGAGAUCGUCAUGCAGAUGGAGGAAAACUUCAUGUCCGCUGCAAGGGAAAAGCCUUUGGAAGUAGGGAGACUAGAACUUGGUGCAAUUGUGAGUGUUACUGAUGGUGCUGAUAUUGAGGCAUCCAGCAAAACAUUUGUUGCUGCUACCUCUUUAGUUACAGAUGGAAGAGUAGAGGGUGUUGUGAAUGUAACUUCAGCACUUACCGAUGGAGGAAUUGUCGUGGUGGUGGUAGUAGUGACAGGAUAUGCACAAAACGCAUUUGUUGAAAAGGAUUUAAAACUUGCAAUCAAAUGUGAUUGGCGGGUAUACAGCCAGACUCUGCAACCUUUGCCAGCCUGUGGGAAAAUGAGAGCUUUGGAACAGGAAAAUGAGAAAAAAUCCCUCUUGGAUUUCAAGCGGGGUCUUCACGACCCGUCUGGUCGACUGAACAAUUGGAAUAAUUCCACUGACUGUUGCCAGUGGGAAGGAAUCCGAUGUGAUGAUACAGCAAAUCAUGUCAUUCAGUUGGAUCUCCACGAUCCUUUCGCCAACAACCCGGCGGUGGCUUCGCAGAAUUCAACCUCUGAUGUUCGUUCCGAGAUCACUAGGCUUUCUGUUGAGAGUAAUAAAAAAGACGUUCUUUCUCCUCUGUUUGAUCUAAAGAUGUUACAAGUCUUGGAUUUGAGCUGCAACGACUUCAGUGGUGUUGGGUUCCCUCAGCAACUCCACACGCUGAAAGAUUUGCGCUGUCUCAGCUUGUCAAACGCUGGAAUCGUUGGAAAGACACCUAGGGAGCUGGGCAACACGUCCACCUUGCGCUACUUGGAUCUUUCCACAGAUUACUACAUUUCCUCUUCCUCCAUCACAAUUGAAGACAUGCGGAUGUGGAUAGGAAACAUGAGGGACUUAGAGGUGCUGCUGCUGGACGGGGUGAAUAUGAUGCAAGUGGCAAGCGAUGAAUGGGGCAAAGCUAUCUCCACCAUGCACAGUCUCAGGCGUCUUCAAAUGUACAACUGUAUGCUCUCUGGCCCGAUUCCCCCUUCCCUUGCAAAUCUUACCUAUCUAACCCACCUCCAACUUGGUGGCAAUUCCUUCUUCUCGUCCAUACCUUCUAGCUUACACAACCUUUCCAACCUUGUUUCUCUCAAGCUUAGCAGCUGUGACCUCAAUGGCUCCAUCCCUCCUCAUCUGUUGAGCCUACAAAACCUGCAAGAAGUUGACUUGUCUGCAAAUCUAGACUUGGGAGGGCAACUUUCAAGCAUUCUUCCGCGACACUCUGCGAAGCUUAACAGCCUUGUUCUUACUACAACCAACGUAGCAGGAGCUAUUCCAGAUUCAAUUGCGAACAUCUCUUCGUUAACACUCUUGGAUCUCUCGAACUGCCUUAUCCAAGGUCAGCUUCCUCCCACCAUUGUUAAUCUUACAGGACUCAUAAUGUUGGAUAUCUCAAAUAACAAGUUAAUAGGAAGUAUACCAUCCUUUGGCGCUAAGCAUCCAUUAGGAACAUUUCCUUUAGCCUAUAUCGACCUUUCAUACAAUCAGUUGCAGGGCAACAUACCCUCUAAGUUGUUAGGUGCAUUUGGGAAGCUCCGUAAUGUUCACUUGAGGCAGAACCUAUUAACCGGUGCCAUUCCAUCCCCUGACAUGAAUCUUACCUCCCUCACACACCUUGAUCUGAGCCACAAUAAACUGAACGGCACAAUUCCUUCCUUGGCCAACACUAAGUCCCUUGUUCUGGUUGAUCUGAGUAAUAACCACUUGAUUGGCAAAAUCCCGGCUUCCGUUAGUCAACUAAUUUCCCUUGAGACGCUUGAUCUAAGCAACAACUUGUUAACAGAUUGCAUACCUGACAACAUUUCAUAUCUAUCUCGACUGAAGGUUCUUUCCCUAUCCUCAAAUUGGUUAAGUGGGAACCUUACAGAGUCCCACCUUCAUAAUCUCUCCAGUCUGGUAUCUCUAGACAUUUCAAACAAUGCGUUAACUGUGAAAGUCAGUCCGACGUGGGUUCCCCAAAACUCGUUUAGAACUUUGAAAUUAAGAUCAUGUAACAUGGAGGGUGAGUUCCCGGCCUUCUUAUCAACUCAAAUCCAAAUUUCCGAUCUGGAUUUGUCAGACAAUAGAUUGUGGGGUAAUAUUCCUGCGUGGAUAUGGGAUUCCCUUCCUCUUCAAAAGCUCAACCUGUCUUAUAACAGUUUUGCAGGCGAUUCACUUUCCAAGCUAAUGGGGCUUAAAGCAUUAAAGAUUCUGGACUUGCAUCACAAUAACUUUCAUGGUCCGCUCCCGCUUCCUCCUCCUUCAGUGGUUGCGUUAGACCUGUCUGAAAAUCACUUUUAUGGAUCCAUUCCAGCUGAAAUUGGCGAGAAGAUUCCUCCAGGUUUUGUAAACUGCAGUUAUCUUGAGGUAUUGAAUUUGGAGAACAAUUGUUUGGAAGGUGUCAUUCCGGGCAACAUUUCAGAGAUGAAGGGUAUGUCAAAUGUCUUAGAGUAUACAGAAUUCUUUGAGUUUGAGUUUGGGUCGAUAAAAGGCUCAAAAUAUGUAGAGAAAAUAAUCAUCAGAAGCAAAGGAUUAGAGCUAGAGUAUGUGAAAGCUUUGCGUUUGGUAAGAUGCCUUGAUCUAUCAAGCAAUAGAUUAUCAGGUCAUAUCCCUCAAGGCAUGGGAUCUCUGAUUGGUUUGAUCAUUCUUAAUAUUUCAAGAAACCAUAUUGAUGGUGGUAUACCCAAGUCCUUGGGAAACAUGGCACAGUUGGAGUCCCUUGACCUCUCGCGAAACCAACUGUCUGGAGUAAUCCCUAGUGAAUUGCAACUUCUCACAUACCUAAGUUACUUGAACCUGUCAUACAAUCAUCUUACAGGAAAGAUACCGCAAGGAGGACAGUUUUUUACAUUUGAAGCCUCAUCCUUCUCACAUAAUCCAGGUCUAUUCGGGUUACAACUUAAAGAGUCAUGGUCGCCUUCGCCAAAGGAUGAAAGCAAGCCUAAGAAGAAAGAAAGGGCGAAUAAAAUGAGGGCAAGAGAGAAAAUUGACAGUUUCAUUGUUUUGAUGGGUAUGAGCUUCGGAGUGGGCGCGGGCAUAAUUGUAGCUCCAUUGUUGUUUCUGAAGAAAUGGAGGGUAAAGUUCUUUGAUUUGUUAGACAGUAGAUUGAUUUGGUUUGUUGAUUUGAUUCCCUGUGCCAAGUUGGAGAUGGCGAAUGUUUCGGACCGUGAAGAUCAAGAGAAUUCCGAUGAAAGCAAGAAAUUGAUACGCUUUUGCGCUGAGUUGGGGCCACUGGCAUCGAGGGAGCAUUGGCCUGCUACCUUGAGAUUAUAUCGAUGGUUGCGGUCGAAUGAGUUGGAGAUCUUAGCUGCUCUAGGGUUGCAUUUUAUGGGCAGUUGA